UCCGCCUCUCCGUACACGUCGCUCCGACAGAGAGGAAAAACAAGCGAGGAUCGCGCGUCGCGCCGAGGCUGCUGUGUGCUUACCGUGGGCCGCGUUUGUUUACGAGUGAGCGUGUUUUCGCACCGUUCCCGCACCGCACCCGCGGUGCCAAACACCCCCUUGCUCCGCGCCUGGAAUGAUGCCUGCCUGCCCCUGCGCCGCCGGGUUCCAUUGUUGCUGCCAGUGCUGCUUCAGCAACCGACGCCGACGCAUCGACAGGCGACCCUAGCCUACAGCCGCCAUUUUCGGGAGGUCGCCCAGUUGUGCCACAACAGCCCGCCUCCCUCCGUAGCACGCACUUCCGCUACCUCUCCCACCCCAGUAACCCCUCCCCCACUCUCUAGCCCCCUACCCUUCCGACACAGUGCCUAAGCGUGCGCGACGCUUGACGUCCCGAGGCGUCGCCCGUUGUUGCCGUCGCUAGCUGUCCAUUACCGACCGCUUGCUGCCAGCGCCUACGCGAAGACAACAGGUGGUCGGAGAGAGACACUGGGACACCUUACCCUAGCCUUACCGCGUUCCUCCUCUGCAUUCCUGACGGCCUGGACUGAGUUGGUUGUGUGGACUUCUUGCGGUUCCAGUCCGACCACGGCCCUAUCCGGCUAAUUCGACAAUCGCGCCAACAAUCAGACUAUAGCGACGACCGCUGUUUCGUGCUCAGCUGCGUACAAAUAAAAGGUCGCAGCCCAAUUCCACACCCUCCAUCAGCAACCAGGGAAGUGAUAGAACUGUUCGAAUGAAGAACAUUAGGAGCUUCUUGAACUGUUGCUGCCGGUCUUACGUUAGUGACUGAGUGGCAUCUACAGUAGAUUGUGAUUACCCGGCAACUGGACUGGACUCGACGUGAAAGACUGUGUUUCUUUUUAUACGAGCAUUAUAUUUUUAUACGAACAGUUUGGUGUAGUUUCGCAAAUUACAUUCAGUUUUAUGCAGACUUUUUUAAUAAUAUAGGAGUUAGUUAUCACCGCUGUAACAUAUUUCAUUGGAAAAUUGCUUUAAUAGGGAGGUUGGCGCAGUGUAGAACAUAUCGAAAGGUUUCAAGCUUUAAUACAGUAGGCAGUAGGUAAGCGUCUUUGUGAUAAAAUCGUCAGGUUAUUCGGCCUAGCGAGCGCAGGGCAAUUAGGCAAAGAAGUUAGUGGGCGUGCCGAGCAGAAACCACUCGGCUGCGUAGUGUGACAGGAAGGAGGAGUCCCUGGCGGCUGACAAGGUGGCGGCAAAGCGAGGCGCCAGCAUGUACAACCUGAACGUGAACGUCAACCUGACGCCCGGCGGCGUCGGGGGCGGGCCCGGCGGCCUGCUGGGGGUGGAGGGCGCGUGCACCACCCCCAAGACGCCCGAGAUCCUCAACUCGCUGAUCGCCAUGUCCAACCCGUUCGACGGCUACCCCACGGCGGCCGGCGGCGGCGCCGGCGGCGUCGGGGGCGGGCCGCGCAUCGCCUCCGUGCCCCCGGGUCACAGCAGCCUCGGUGACGGCGGCUGCGCCAGCGGCGGCGGAUCUGCGUCGCGGUCGCCUCUGUCCAGCCCCACAGGCACCCCGCCGUCGGUGCAGCACAUGUGCUCGCAGCUGAUCAAGGACAGCCUCAAGAUGACCAUCCAGAAGAAGCGGGAGGCGACCGGCUCGGCGCUGCUGGACGACGGGGCGUACGGUCCGGAGCGGGGGCCGAAGGCGGCCAAGCGCGAGGGCGACGACGAGCUGACGCCCGAAGACGAAGAAAGGCGAAGAAGGCGAAGAGAACGAAACAAAAUCGCUGCGACGAAGUGUAGGCUGAAGAAGAGGGAGAGGACCGUGAAUCUAGUACAGGAGUCCGAAAUUCUGGAGACGCAGAACCACGACCUGAAGAGCCAGAUUCAGGACCUGGAGGCGCAGCGGCGCCGGCUGAUCGACAUGCUGUCCAUGCACACGCCCACCUGCCUCAAGAACUCGGGGGGUGCUCCGCCGACGGCUGGUUCAACAGGUACACAGUCCGGGGACAACUUCGGCACAAAUGGCGACUCUCUGCCGCAGACCUACGAAGCAUUCAUUGCGAGUAGCACCUACCACCAGCAUCACCACCACCACCACCACAACCACCAUGCCCAGCAGCACCACCAGCACCAACCGGAGCAGCAGUACCCAUCAUCGUGCAACUAUAGCAGCGGCUAUCCCUCACCGGGGGCCGGUAUUGAUGGUGGCUGCAUGGCUUAACAGGACCCUGAGCUCUGUACGAGAAUCGAGGACCGUAGUAACCUUAAUCUGUUGUAGAACUUGGAUUUAAGAUGUACACUAUAAAAAAUUGCUUCAGUGCUGGUGUCUACAAAGUACAUAAUACCUAUUUGUAAAAUAUCUGGCUUUAGAUCCAUAUGACAAAUUGUUCAGUGCAUUCAGCAAACAAUGUAAACAACAGUUUGGGAUACAUCCUGAACUAUAAAGUCAUGUGUACCUCUCAUGCUUCCAAAAUAGUCAUCUUCCACUGUUUUCAUUUAUUCUACCUUCAUGUAUGAUUCUAUAAUACGCAAAGUAGAAUAAAAUUUGAACUAUAUCCAUAAUUUCUCAAAGUAUGUUAAUGCUGCCUUAAUUGUCUGAAGAACCCAGGUAUUCUAAAUUCCUGCAAGAAAGAGUCAAUAGAUCAAAGUGCCUUACCAGAUUAUAAUUUUACCAUUUUUGCAGAGCAAGCACGUAAUUGCUAUCAGUGUCUAAAAAUUUGCGAGAAAAACUCAGAAAUUUUUGCUUUUAAGAUUUCAGGAAAAAGAAAUCACCAAGGCUCCAUAAAGAAUCGUCCACGUACACAGAACAACAGAAAUGUCAGUUUUCAAACUGCACUGUGGCAGAAGUGAGUAAGUACUAAUAUGGCUUAUUAGAGAACAAUGUGUUAUCAAGGACAUUAAAAACUAAACUUGUCCAUGAUUUUCAAAAUAUUAACUCACAACAUUUUUGUAUCUUUUAUAUAACAUUUGACACUUGUGAUAAUCUAAUUGCUGUAACUGGAAUGUGUGUGUGUGUGUGUGUGUGUGUGUGUGUGUGUGUGUGUGUGUGUGUAUGUAAAGUACUAUGAUAUUUUGUGAGUCAAUUGUAAGAAUAUCACCAAAGCUGACCAUAUGAGAAUCUGAGGUUUAGAAAUGUCUAGCUAUUUCAUCAACAAAAGCUUCUCUUUAUGAAGAUCAAUGCCCUCAUCGCAAAUAGGACAAUUAACAUCAUUAUUCGAAAAAAGUAAAAUAAAAUACACUCAGUCAUUGAUUGGUGUCUUCCCGUUGUAGAUGCUUUAGAAACAAAGGAUGUGAACUGAGAGAUCAUUGUUUGCCACUGUUGAAAUUCCAGUUACGGUUUCAUAUUUUAUACUCAUUCUUCGUGAAAAAAAGGAGUGUUAUUUAUAUAUUUUGUACUCUUUAAUUUCUUAUUGUUAUUGCUGCUGCUUGUUAGCAUCAGUGAUACUCUUGAUGUAUGUUGAAACUGGUGCUUAACUUAGGUGCUACAAAUUUCCUUAAAGGGGAUUAAGACUUCUUUUAUGUGUUCACUUUUCAGGCCUUUGCACUACUUUCAAUGUUUAUUUUUCUGUAAACACAUUUCUGAAAGUCACUAAAUUACUAAAAUUACAUUCUUCUUGCACAACAUUUUGUGUGUUCGUCACAUGAUUAAUAGCCUUUGAUAAUUUAUAUUCUGUUAGAGCAUUAAGAAUAAAAAUUUUAUUCAUAUAUUUGUAUUUUUAUUGUAUUUUUUUUCAAAACCAUUGCUGCAAGCAAUUUUAGCAUGUUUUAUGUCCUUAUGGUAUCAGAACAAAUGUGUAAAAUAAAUAAACUAUAUUGUAAGUGUGCAUAGCCUAUGUUCCUUUAUUUACGAGAUUAAGGUUAAUGUUUGUAAAAAUGCUUAUUGUUUUUAUUGUGUUUUAUAAGACGUUGUGUGUUGUGCUUGUAUACAAUAACUGUUUAUAUUUUAGUAUAAAAGUUCAUGUUAGAAAAUAGGAUGCAGACUUUAAGCUUCUAUUUUUAUAAUUUUUUUUGCACAAGUUUUAAUGAACCAUAAGUAAUUUUUAUAAGAGUGAUUUAUUCUUCAUUUAAACUAGUGUAAUAAUGAGUCAUAUAGUUCUUAAAUUAAUAACCACAAGUAUUUGUAUUAAUAGUACAAUUUUGUGUCUCUUAGUGCACUUGUAGCAACUGCUUCAUUAAUUAGGUUGCACAAAAUAUUGAAUUUCGACAGGUUAUCUGUUACAAGGCAGUUUUUUAUAUGUUUCAAAAUUGUGUUUCAUUGAAGCUUUUGCUCCAGUCAUAUAUUAAAAUAUGGACUGCCUGCAAAAUAUGUGGAGCCUUAUGUGUGUGGGGAUUGGGGAUGCAGCUAAAUCUAAAGAAUCUGAAAAAAUAACAUAGCCACGUCUCAUACUGAAUGUGUGCAACAAGAAAUAUGACUAGGCUUGUACCUAUUUAUAGAAACAAUAACAGUUAUUGCAUUUCAUACUGUUUCAAGCACUCCAGGUGUGUUAUAGUCUCUACACAUUGAUUUUGUAGUAUAUAUUAAGUAUAUUUCAUUCUUGGUAUCACAUAUUUAAAUAUAUAGAACGGGAUUUUCCAUUAGGAUACUUCCAUCACUUAGGAGGUGCUUUUUGGAUCAACAAUUAAUUUAAUAUCGUUAGUUUAGUAGCUAUAAAAGGGUAGUAAACUGCUUUUCAUUCUUCUGCAGAAUUAAUUUCUGAAAGAAACAUGCUAUGGUACCACCCUUAAAAACUCUUCCAAGCUGAACUCAUAUGUAAAUAGGAAAGGGAGUUAAGGAAUCAUUUUUUGAGGACACUAGGUUUCUGAUGGUAAAGUAUAUGCAGUUGUAGAACACAGAUUGAGUUGUAUGAUAUGAGGCUAUCCAUGAACAGAACAAUACAUAUUUCACUGACUAUUCGAAACCCGUGAAUGUAAAAUUUUUCGCAAUUUAUGUGAAUCUACAGUGGAGACAACAUUUUAAUAAAGGUAAAACAACUAUUGUAAUUAUACAGAAUAUAACAGCAAAUAGAACAGUAAAUUUCUCUCCUUUUUGAACUUGUUGCUACAUUUGGUACAGAGAAAUAGUAACAUUUUUCUGCUGCACCUCAGUUUCUUCACACCUGACAAUAGCUGUAGUGUACACAAAGUACUAUUUUUCAAAGUGAAAAGUAUCACCAAAAAUUUAAUCAGAGAGCUUUUUUUGCAACGGAAUGUUUAUUGUUUAGGAAUGACACACAUAUAUAUUUUGUAAAUACCUAAACUAAGAUAUGUCAUUUGUAUUUUGGAGGAUGAGAGCCUCAGUCUUACCAAAGGAAUAUCUUCAAAUUAACAUUAUUAUUCCACAUGUGCUAAAUCAUUAUGUGCCAUUUAGUUUUGAUGGGGUCUUUUCUUCCAUAAAUGCUGAUAUUUCACUUUUGGUAUCUGUUUUACCUCUAGUGUGAUCAAGAAUUUUCCAAAAUGGAAGUGCCUUAAUUGUAAACAAAUAUUUUUGCAAUGGGUAGUAGUAAAUUAAAACAGGUCUGACCUGAUUACCUCUUGUUAGGCUGUGUUAUAUGAGAAUAAUUUUUAGUGUUCAAAACACUCAUUGCCAUUCAUUCUGUAACAACAUUCUUGUCGUGUUUGCUUGAACAAAUUUGACAAAGAAAGUUACAAGAAGCCAUUAGUAGCAGUAACUUUAGCUCAUCUUUUCUGAUAUCUGUUCUGAUGCAAAUUAAUUUUUACUUUGGAAUGUACACACAUUCAUGAGCUUCGUUCCUAAUAAUGUAGUGAAGUGAAAGAUUGAGAUAAAAGUACUGCUACUGUUUGUUAUUGUUGGUAUGAGAACAACAAUAAUUUUCUACAUCAGCCUAGACUACUUUCUUGGUAACUGGCUGUAAUUUCAAUUUACAUUCAUUUUAUGAGGUUCAAUAAUGGCAAACUGUUAAGUGAUGUACUAAUCAGUACUAAUAAGAGUUUUUUUUUUUUACUUGGAACAUUACUUUAAAUUAUUUUCACUUACGUUAUUAUUGUCACUUCCAGAGAGGUCACUCAUUAAGGUGUUUACUUUUGCAUAUACAACAAAACAGUUCUGAAGACAAUCAUCUUAAUGACUCUGUAACAAUAAAUUGACAUAAAAAUGUACAGCUUCAAUAUUAUUUCACAGAGUGAAAUAAAUUUCUUCAACCAUUCCAAAUGAGAACUAUGUCUGGUACGUCAAACAGCUGGUAAUUCCAUUUAUAGAUAUUUUGAGUUUCUUUGUGUGGUAUGUCACUGUGAGUGUUUCUUUAUAUUCUGUGAACUUGUUGCCAAGGAUGUGGUUGUUUACUAAAUAACACUCUGCUUUACGAAUAUAUGUAAUGUGAAAUGGUGCACAUUAUAAAGAUAUAUACUCUGACAAUAGAAUCAAGUUAAUCUGAAGUCAGUACAGUUCAUAUCAUGAGUAAAUAAUUAAUUCCAAUGCUGACAACACAGCAUAAAAAAUGUAACACCUUGAGGUGUAUAUUUUAUAAACAUAGAUAAAAGUAGAUUGCUCAGGUGAAGCAGACUGCAGCCUUCCCCUUACAUGUCAAAUAAUUAUUGUUUAUUGCUUGUCUUAAUUUUUUUCAUCUGCUUAUGAAUUCAUUGGAAUAGUAUAACACAAACUUUGUUUUAAACUGCUUCAUCAGCUUAUGUAUGCAUUGUAAUACAAUAAAUUGUUGAAACGCAAGACUUCAGAAGAGCAAGUAUCAAAAGUUUUAUUAAAGAAAUGUUUAUAACACUAUACACAAAUAAAAAUCACAAAAAUCUGUUUUAUAUAAUAUCUAUCAAGUUGCUUAUUAGCAGUUAAUUCUAAAAUGUAUAAUUUCAAGCUUUUACUAAAUUACCUUUUUAUAUGUAAUAGAAUGGUAACAGUGUUUUGUACAAAUACAUAAAAUUGAUAAUUUGUUGCUUGCUGCUUGGUUCGUCAGAGUGCAGAAUCAUUCCUUUUAUCUCAGUGUUGUAUUAAGUACUUCAGUACCUGGAAGCUGUGGGCUUUAAAAGUUAUUUGGAAAAUAAUGGACCACAUGUAUUUUUUCUAUAAUUAAAACGCUGUAUGUAAUAAAACUAUUUCUUACCUCUA